CCUGAUGACAAAACAGGCGGCCAACGACGUUAGUUUUCCAUGGUUCACACACGUUGAAUCAGUCAAAUUCAAAAUAGAAUCUUGAUUCUUGAAGACAGGAUUAAUAAGAAGUCUUUGGAGGAAUGGAAAUUUAUAUAUAUGAGAAGGAACUGAGAAGUAAGUACGUGUUUAAUCUAUCAUUGCUUUCAUUCUCAUUCUGGGAUUGAAUUGGUUACUGUAUUCAGGCUUUCAUUUAGCUAGUAUAGGGAGGGUGAUGGGGAUUAUUGGGGGAUGGAAGUUGGUAGUGAUUGCAUUAUUUUAUUGCUCCGUGGCUGUGGCGGCGGAGCAACGGCUGAGAUUUGACGCCACGGAUGGGGAGUUCCGGAUACUUCAGGUGGCGGACAUGCACUAUGCCACCGGCAAAUCCACCCCUUGCCUGAACGUGCUGCCGGAGCAAGUGGCUUCCUGCUCCGAUCUCAACACCACCGCCUUCAUCAACCGCAUGAUUCUCGCCGAGAAACCUCACCUCAUCGUUUUCACAGGGGACAAUAUUUUUGGACGGGAUACCCGUGAUCCUGCAGCAUCUAUGAAUGCCGCAUUUGCCCCUGCUAUAUCUUCAAACAUUCCCUGGGCUGCUGUAUUGGGCAACCAUGACCAGCAAUCUACUCUAUCAAGGGAAGGCGUGAUGAAACAUAUUGUUGGCAUGAACAAUACUUUGUCUCAGUUGAAUCCCACAGAGGAUAUUGAUGGGUUUGGGAAUUAUAAUCUGGAGGUGCUUGGGGGUAAUGGAUCUGAGCUUGCUAAUAAAUCAGUUCUUAAUCUGUUCCUCCUUGAUAGUGGGGAUUAUUCUACUGUCCCUUCUAUCCCUGGAUACGGUUGGAUUAAACUCUCGCAGCAAGCUUGGUUUAAGAGCACUUCUCGUAACCUUCAGAGGACUUAUAUGAGCAGUCCAGCACCUCAGAGGGCUCCAGCUCCAAGCCUGGUGUACUUUCAUAUUCCCUUGCCUGAAUAUGCCAGCUUUGACUCCUCAAACUUCACAGGUGUUAAAAUGGAAAAGGGCAUUAGUUCUGCUUCUGUAAACUCGGGUUUCUUUACAACUAUGUUGGAAACAGGAGGCGUGAAGGGGGUUUUCACUGGGCAUGAUCACCUCAAUGAUUUUUGUGGCGAGUUGAAGGGCAUAAAUCUGUGUUAUGCUGGAGGCUUUGGUUACCAUGCUUAUGGGAAAGCUGGAUGGGCUAGGAGGGCAAGGAUGGUGGUAGCAACGUUGGAUAAGACUGAGAAAGGAGUUUGGGGAGAUGUUAAAUCUAUCAAGACCUGGAAGAGACUUGAUGAUGAACACCUUACAACCAUUGACACUCAAGUGCUUUGGACCAAGACUUCUGCACCUGGCGCCCGCUGAAGAAGGAAGAUUAUAUAUCCACCUGCGCAGAAAUUAGUGAUUGUAUUCUGCAAAAGCAAUAAAAUGGCUGCGGGGCAUAUAUACUUUAGACCACUGUUGUCAUACAUAUAUACUCCCUAGUAUAUAGGGCCAUAGGGGUGUUUGGAAAAUGGUUAUCACCCAAAGUUUGUCUUGUUUAGCCAAUUUAUCUUGUUUAAUAGUUAGUAUAAAUAUUCAAUAAGUUUUAAUUUUAGUUUAAUUUA